UUCUUAGUCAAUGAUUCAUGAGAGACAUUCCAUACUGCCACGAAUUAAAUUGUUUCUGUAGCAACUAUUCAUUAUGAAGAACACUAGUUACCUUGAAAGCAAUGUACAACAAGAUUUCCAAUCUUAAAAACCCAGCUGAGCUUCCAAUAUCUUUGGAAAACAAACUGCGACGGUUGACAAUGGAAAAAAAGGCAAAGAUUGGUCUUAUGUUUGGCAUUUUAGCAUGCACUUUGUUUUAUGUUGCUUAUUCCCUACAUACCCGCGGAGUAAAGCUUGUUGUAGUUGAUAGUCCUUCUUCAAACAAUUUUGAACGCUCUUGUCCUUUAACGAAGCCUGUGAAAACAGAGACUGGUGCGCUUUCAUAUCGCAUAGGCAUUGUUACAGACAUGGAUGAGAAUUCAAAGCAUCCUACCAAAUCAUUCACUUGGAUAAGUUAUUUUAAACGUGGAAAUUUAAUAUUAAGUAAAAUGGCUGGAAAGGAUGGUAGAAAAGUUAGUAUUAAGUGGAAUGAUGAAAACAUAUUGAAAUCAUCGCUUGCUCAAGGUGGUCGAGGAAUGGAGCUAUCAGAACUUAUAUGUUUUGAUGGGAAAAUUUUGUCUAAUGAUGACAGAACAGGAGUGGUUUAUCAGAUAAUUGAUCAGCAUGUUACACCUUGGGCUAUUAUGGCUGAUGGUGAUGGUAGAGAGGUGAAAGGUUUUAAAGGUGAAUGGGCAACUGUCAAAGAUGGUCAGUUGUAUGUAGGAGGACUUGGCAAAGAAUGGACCACAUCCAUGGGAAAGCUUUUAAACUUCAAUCCUCAAUAUGUUAAGAUCAUCAGCUCUAGCGGGUCCGUGAUGCAUGUUAAUUGGGUGGAAAAUUAUAGAAAAUUAUUGAAAGCUGCGGGAAUUGAACCUCCUGGUUAUCUUAUACACGAAUCUGCUGCAUGGAGCAAGGUGAAUAAGAAAUGGUACUUUUUACCUCGCAGAGCAAGCAAAGAACGAUAUGAUGACAAAGACGAAAGGAAAGGUACCAAUAUGUUAUUAUCAUGUAAAGAGGACUUCAGUGAAUGUACAAGGACAUUUAUUGGACCUUUAAAUGUUACCCAUGGUUUUUCAUCAUUUAAGUUCAUUCCUGGUACGAAUGAGCAAUAUGUUGUAGCAUUGAAGACACAAGAGGUUGAAGGGAGAAUUGCAUCAUUUAUAAUGGCAUUUGAUUUAAAUGGUAAAAUUUUGAUGGCCGAGCAAAAAAUUCCCGGUAACUACAAGUUUGAAGGAAUUGAAUUUUUAUGAUGACAUUGAACAGGAUAGCUCAGAAUCAUUUCCACAUGUGGAAUGUAGUAAAACUUUGCUAUCAAAUGGCGUAUUUUUUUAUUUUUUUCUCAAACAGUAUAAACACAUUAAUGUUUAUAUACAUGAAAUAAAUUUGCACAUUGUUCUUGAAUAUUGCA